AUGGACAAGCACAAAAGGCUACUGCUGCAGAAGUAUCAGCAGGACAUCAUUGAUGAUCUAGAUGUGGCAUACGUCUACGAUGAACUGUUUGCGAAGCACGUUAUUUCAGCUGAUGAGGUCGAUCGCAUGUUCAGUCUUACGACUCGCAUCGACCAAACUCGGUUUCUAUUAGACUCGUUGAUUCGCAAUGGUACCAACGGGACAUAUCAAGUUUUUGUAGACAGCCUGCAAAAGGACUACGGGUGGCUUUGGGAGAAAUUGGCUAUUGAGAACAAUAAUCCGAUGCCUGAUGAUAGCUUUGAGGACAGCCUCAGCAGGGGUGAUGUGCCUAGACCACCGGAUCACCAUGUCAGAAGAACAAAAGUGGAACAAAAUGUAGCAGAGAGCUUGAGAUUGUUGCAACGGCACAAAGUCCUUGCUCUCCACGGCAUGUCAGGUUCAGGGAAAACAUGUGUGGUCAUCAGCGCUUUACGUGACAACCCUGAUUUAGUUGCCAGCAACUUCAAUAGCGUUGUCUUCUGGAUGAACUUCGGCAACUGUAAGACUGAUGAUGACAUUAUUUUCCAACAAAGCAAAUUACUAAGAAAAGCAUCGUCAAUGUACACGCAGAAUUCGUACAUGAACUCGUCAGUUUCUAUGUCUAGCAUCGGUUCAAAUGGCGACAGUCAAUCAUCUUCUAACUACGACUGGACAAUGAACGACCUUAGAGACAAACUGAAGGCACAAUUCUAUGAACUACCUCUAAAAGAAUGCCUCCUUGUGCUUGACGAAGUUAAUGACAAAAAGUGCUUAGAAGCGUUCGACAUCGGAUGCAAAAUUUUGGUCACAACAAGAGAUACUAGCGUUGUCGCUUCCUGUUCAGCACAAAUUAUCAAAAUAGAAAACAGCUUAGAAGAAAAGGAAUCGUUGGAAAUCUUCGCUCUAUCGCUUGAAGUACCUGUAUCUAAGUUACCUUGGCAAGCGAAGAAAAUCCAUGAGCUUUGUAAAGGCAGCCCUUUUAACAUUGGCCUCAUUGGAGCACAACUAGCAGAAAACAGGGAAAGACUGAUUGACGACCCAAAAAGAUGGAAUUACUACGUCAAGGAGUUGAAAAAGAAGAAUCACUUUUCAUUCAUUCCAAUCAAUCAAACGUACAAUCCGAUGAAAACAAUCGAAGUAUGCAUCAACUCGUUAAACCAGAAUGUGUUACCAUUGUUCAAAAAACUAAAAAUCCUUCCUGACAAUGUGAAAAUUUCUGCCAAAGUCCUGAGCAAAUUGUGGAACAGAGAGGACUCACAAGUGGAAUCCAUCAUGAAAGAGUUGCGUAGUAAAUCUCUUAUCAUCGAAGUUUAUGACAGAGAUCAGAGAAAUUACAUGUAUGAGAUCCAUGACCUUAUCAUGAAGUACUUGAGGAGUUCAGGGGAAGACGAUAGCAAGAAGCUACAUGCUGAGUUCCUAAAUAGUUAUCACUAUAAUACUACAAACCCACCGCUAGAAAUCAUUGAUGAUGGUUACAUCGCCUUCUAUAUCGGUUACCAUAUAAAACACACGGCUAAUUACAACGAUAUGUGGACGUUGUUCAACAAAUUGUUCCUCAAUUUGAAGUUUUUAGGUAACAAAGUGAGGUUAACGGGACCUGCCGAUGUGAUGUCGGACCUACAAAACUAUGAGUCAUAUAUUGUUAAAUACGAGCUAGACAAGGAACUGAUUAGCAACACUAAAGCUUUCCUCAGCACACAUGGGAAUGACCUAUUUCAUUAUCCCUGCACUGAUAUUAUCCAAAGUAUCCUACAAAACGAGUCUAAAGGCAUACUGUACUCGAAAGCGUCGCAAAUUGCCCAAGAAAAUUGCAAUAAUAAUGAGCUGUAUUUUGAUUUUCUGCAUGAACAAAACGUUGAUGAAAUCAAGCACUCAACUAUUGAUGUCAAAGAAAAGAUCACAGCUGUGUGCUUUCUUACGGAUUACGUUCUUGUCGGUACUAACUCCGGUGUGAUUAAGUUCUUCCACAUCGUAACAAACAAGCAAGGUAAAGAGCUCCGUGGUACAGGUUCGCCAAUCAAAUGGAUCGGCGUGUCUCUAACUAAGAACCCGCCAGUGGUCGCCGCGCUGGCGUACGAUGGCGUCAUCAAACUAUGGUACGUCGAUGACGUAGACUAUGAAGAGAAUGAGGAUGUUAUCGAAGAAGAACCAGAAGAAUGCUACAACAACACCUUUGCGGACGUACAAAUCCAGGGUUCAUACCUAAACUGCAGAUGGGCGAACAAUGAAGAGUACCUAAUCAUGCACACAAGCAAAAAGAUCGACUUCUACAACCCUUCUAGAAGCCAAAAGAACAAAAUCUUCAAAACAAUUCAGGAUUUUGAUAGGGACAGAGAGAUCUUGUGUUGUGUCCCUUGUAAUUAUGAUAAGAAUGUAAUCGUUGCCACCGAUGGCCCUGUGAAGAGGGUUGAAGUGAUCGAUUUGAAGACCAGGGAACGAAUCAUCACGUUCGAUGAGACUGAUAUUGUUUUAGAUAUGGUUACUGUUCCUCGUAGCAACAAAAUCAUAACGCUAAAACCGAAUGAGAUUAUGGAGCAUGAAAUGAGUAGAUCCCACACAAGUACAAUCAAGAACACGUGUUGUUGCCGACGAGUUAUUACAAGUAAUGACAUUAAAGACAACAUGUCGUUCAUUGCAAUCGCUGUCAAUAAAAGUGGAACCCUACUCUGUGUCGCUACUGAUGAUAGCAGGGUCGUUUGUGUUGAUCUCAAGACUUAUACCAGGUGUUUUGAUCUGGAGAAUAGAAGGGGGAACGUAGUAGCAAUGGCAAUGAGCGAGAUGAUGUAUGAUGAAUUCGAGCCAGGCUCUGACGUACUACUAACAGGCACUGGGUCUAUUGAAGACUCUGCUAAAGUGUGGUACUUGGACGCUUCAUACAUCUCACAAACUGCGCAACGGAAUGGGAGAGUACGUCUAACAACGAAGUUCGACGUGAGUUUCCUCAACCCUCUAUCGCCUCACACACCAAACUCACCGACUCCAAUUAGUAACUCUGAGACUGUACACUCAACGCCAAAAAGACAUCAAUCAUUUAACCAUAGAGAGGUCCAACCUAAAACGGUACUUAAAAACUCAAUGAGCUUAGAUAGAAGUGCUCUAAAGCCUUUGAAUUUGAAAGGGAUCUGCAAUAACAACGAUGGUGUGCUCCAGCCAUUACUAGCUGUUGUUGAUGAUAAGAAUAAUAUUCAGGUAAUGCGCGGCAGAAAGGUCCUAACAGAAAUCACAGAGCGAUCAGAUAAAUCCGAAAGCAUUACAAGAGUAAAGAUCUCUCCAUGCAAUCAGUACAUCAUUUACGGGCUUAAAUCCGGUAUAGUGAAGAAAUACACACUUCGGACCAAAGAAACUGUACCAAUAAUGGAUGUUUAUAGCCCAGUGCAAUAUUUAAACUUCGUUAAUCCAAAUUUACUUAUUGUGGCUGGAAAGAACACGUGCCUUAUGGCCUAUAAACUAACGGCUAUUGGGGAUUGGAAGCCUGAAAUGAUGCAGAGAGGUAACACCAAUCUUGGUUCCCAAGAAAUACUUAAUGAUAUUCAGGGUAUCCCCAAAAAGAAUGGUCACUCGGAAAAACUGUCCAGUUCUAGCAGUGAAACAAGCUUAACUUCCCAAGGCAGGAUCUUCAGAUGUGAAGAGUACAAGAGUAUUUGUAAGGGCAGUGGUCUUGUCGAAUGUUUCUGGGUCAAAGAUCUGGGCGUCAUCACAGUGGAGUUUAACGCUACCAUCAAGUUAUGGAGCAAGAAUUUAAAUCUACAAACAAUACUGAACGGAAGACAGUCUGAUGUGUACAUUACUUCGGCUGCUUUACAAAAUAAUAUCCUUGUCAUUUGUGAUAGGAAGAAUACUACGUUUCAGACAUUUGAACUCAAAAUUAAUGAUGGCGUGGAACUACAUACUAUCGAAGAGUACAGACUGAACAACGUGAUCGUGUCCUGCGAUCUCACUUCGGACGGGAACAUUCUAGCCCUAGGACUCGACUCUGGGAAUGUUGUGGUAUGGAACGUCCGAGGUCGACGUCAACUAUGCCUACUAAAGCAUCACAAGUCUAAAGUCCACUCAUGUUCAUUCUCGCCCGUCCCUGAACGUUCCAACCGCAACUCGAUGACGUCAUCACCGCAUCUGAUACAAUCACCGUAUCACUUGUCUACGUCACAGGAUGAUGACGUAGACAGUGAGCAGCCGCCAUUAGUACUGGUUACCAUGGCAACGGAGAUUGUUUGGUGGAAUAUCACGCAUGUUAUGAAGGCGCCGAAGUAUAAGAUUGGGAAGAGGAACUACAACGUGAUGACGCCACUAGGCAGCCCGUUAGAGAAUAGAUGUGAGACGCCCAAUACUAGUUUAAAUCACUCCAACUCAGCCACUUCAGCGAACUCGCCCAAGUGCAACUAUUUCUUCGGAGAUGGGGACUUCCUACCGCAGCAGUGCUGGAAGGUUCUUUGGAGAGGAAAAUCAUGUAAACGAGGUUCAAAAAGGAAAGAAAUCUUAGCGUGCAUCAAGUUAUCUGGUAUGCACGCGAAGAGACUAAGUCAUGACGAAAAGUUCUCAUGUUUCGUCACAGUAGACAACCCUGGACAUAUCCAUAUUAUGAAUGUUAUGCGCUCGAAUAACACAUAG